UUUUGAUGUUGGUGACACAGUGAUUUGGACUUGAAAGCACGCAUCUUUUCAUGUCUGUUGACAUUGAUGGUUGAUAUGUCACUUGCCUUAUUCAUGUCUAUUCCAAUUUGACCCCUUUAUUUUCCUGUCUCUCUCUCUCUCCCCCUCCUUCUACCUUGUCAACUUAUGUGCACUGAACUUGAAUAUAACUCAGUCUUAAACACUAAAACAAACAUAAACACAGAGAGACAGAGAAUUUAAAGGGGAGGAAAAAAUGGCUUCUUUGGAAGGUGAAGUCUUAAUAAAGAAGGCAAUGUGGAUGUAUCCAAAAGUGGCUGGUGCCAAUCCUUCUGAGAGAUGGGGGCAUUCUGCUUGCUAUUAUAAUGGAUUAAUCUACAUAUUUGGGGGGUGUCGUGGGGGAGUGCAUUUCAGUGAUGUUCUGGUGUGUAAUCUCGAGUUGAUGACAUGGAACAUUCUCAUGACUACAGGGCAGGGGCCAAGAUCACGAGACAGCCACAGUGCCGUACUUGUUGGGCACAGGAUGAUAGUAUUUGGAGGAACUAAUGGUUUUAAGAAGGUCAACGACUUGUAUAUAUUAGAUCUCCAUUCUAGAGAGUGGAGUCGGCCUGAAUGCCAUGGCAAUCCACCUUCCUCUCGUGAAAGUCAUACCGCUACACUUGUCAAUGACGAGAAAUUAGUGAUAUUUGGGGGUAGUGGAGAAGGGGAGUCAAAUUACUUAAAUGAUUUACAUGUUUUGGACUUAAAGACUAUGGGAUGGACAUCCCUCGACAUACAGGAUAAUUUACCUGCGCCUCGAGAUAGUCAUAGUGCCGUGGCUGUGGGUAACCGUAUUUUUGUGUAUGGUGGAGAUUCGGGUGAUCGGUACCAAAGAGAUGUUAAUGUGUUUGACAUGAACACGCUGACUUGGUCUAAGCUAGAUUGUCAUGGUCCAUCCCCCGGUGCUCGAGCUGGUCAUGCUUCUGUGAGCAUAGGGACCAAGGUAUAUGUCAUUGGUGGAGUCAGGGACAAACAAUAUUACAACGAUGUCUGGGUACUUGAUGUUAUCACAUCAUCCUGGAUUCAACUCGACAUUUGUUUGCCAAAACCUCGAGGAAGGUUUUCUCAUACAGCCACUGUCACAAACUUGGGCAUAGCAAUUUUCGGAGGGUGUGGAGAGGAUGAGCGCCCUCUCAACGAGUUGCUUAUUUUACGUAUAGGAGUUGAACAUUCCCGGGGCUAUGUCGAUUCCUCAACAAGCAGAUCUUUUAGAAACUCUGACUACAAAGAAAGAAAAAUGUAUUUUAGAGAAGCACAUAAUAAUUUGCAGAAAAAAGCUUUUUAUAGUGAAAAAGAAGAUUCAGCUGUGAAGGAUGCUGAAGAACUUGAAAUCGUCUCAGAAUGCUCUUUUCGUUUCAGUUCAGAUAUGUUACAUCCUAAGAGGAGGAGAAUGAGUAACUCAGUGGCGCAUGAUAUGAAAUCCGAACCUGACGAGCACUGUCUUUCGUUCUCACGGAACUUGUCUCCGUCCCAAUCUGAUCAAGAACUGACCCUAGUUAAAAAAAUAAAUAUUUCUUCCUCAUCUUCUCAAGUUCAUCCUAUAUAUAUGCAUCGUAUUUCUAAUGUUGGCAAUUCCCAGCCUAAUUAUGUUCCUAUUAACCGAAUGGAUCCGCAAAGUGUCAUCUCUAGGCCUUCUACUCUUCAGGAUGUAAAUUUAUCUUCAGAACACUGUAGGAAUGGAGUUCGUUCUGGUGCAUGUGAAGUGCAGUGCUCAGGAACCGAAUCCACAUCCUCGGAGGCACGAAAAUUCCAAAACUUGAUUGGGGCUGAAGUUCAUGGUCAAGUUGACGGCGCAUUUGAUUCUGGUUACCUAAUGACUGCUAAUGUUAAUGGAAUGAUUUUUCGAGGAGUUCUGUUUACUCCGGCACCUGAACUUGUGGCACAAGGUGCCAUUCUUGGUCAACACCCAACAUCCUUAACAUGCCAAACCGUAAAUGAUCACACCAAAAAUCACGGAACCAUUCCUUAUUCAAGGCAUCCUCAGCAGCAAACAAAAGUGGUUGGUCGAGAAUCUCAUCAGAGCUUUGGACGAGAAUCUCAUCAGAGCUUUGGACUAACUCAAUCUAGAAAAUCGAUCCCGAAAGCUGGAACUCCUUUAACGAUGAGCAAAGAUUCGGUGCUUAAAAGUGAACUUCAAGGUGUGGUCCUAACCCUGGGAGGUCCAGGAAGCGAUGAUGGCAGGUCUAAGGUACAAUAACACUAAAAUAUAAUAUGAAGAAUGGAUAUCCAAAAUCAUUUCCCUCAUUUCUGAUAGUUUUGUACAUUUUUUUCAUGGAUAAAGUAGAUGGGACUGUACUAAAUAAAGGAAAAAAUGAGCUAAAAUCUUAUCUAUUGUAAUGUCUAAUACAGUCUAAUAUUACAGACUAUAUAUGGAGUUUAUGCAUUUGGAAACAGCUUCCUUUUUGCCAGUUUUAGAGUUUUGAGAGUGUAUUGGCUUCACUGAAUUCUGAAUGUAGUAGAAAACCAUGAAAUGAAAGCUUCUCACUACCUUAUGAGUUGAGUUAUUUUUAUUUUCUCUUGUUUUUAAGUGAAUAUUGAAGGAUGAUUCUAAGGGAAACUCUUCUAUUA